AUGAACGAUCAUCCCGUCAACCUCCCCACGAGCGACUCGCCCACCCUAGCCGUAGUACAGCCCACCGACGAAGAGAAGCUCUUGCAAUGGACCAAAAACGGUGCGUCAUGGAAGGGUGCUCUAUCUCUCGAGGCUUAUCUUCGUCGCGAAGAGCAUCUUGCCCGGCAGGACUUUACUAAGGAGGGUGGACUCACCUACUGGGUGCUUGUGGAUACGGCACCGAAGGAUCGCGUUGUAUUGGCUGGGUGUGAGACUUUUCGCAAGCGGGCUGUCGUGGCACAGGGAGGGAAAACCAGAGAUGUCAUAACGCACGGCGUGGGAAGUGUCUUCUCUCCACCCGAGUACAGAGGGAGAGGCUAUGCGGCAAGAAUGAUGCAGGAGCUAGGCAACAAGCUUCGUACCUGGCAGCCGGAGCACGGCGAGUGCCAGUUCUCGGUCCUUUGGUCAGACAUUGGCAAGAAAUUCUAUGCUGCGCACGGAUGGGAGCCGUUCCCAUCAGCGCACAUUUCUUUGCCAGCAUCAACUGCGGCGGGGAACGACGGAACGCUUCCGCCGGUGCGAGAGCUGUACCCCGCGGAUCUCGCAGAUCUCUGCGCAGCAGAUGAGGCUCUUAUGCGCAAGAACAUGCAAGAGCGAGCGGCCGAUGGCAAAACGCACGUCGCAAUAUUGCCCAGGCUCGAUAAGAUCCAGUGGCACCACGCGCGCGAAGAAUUUGUAGGCAAAGAGUUUUACGGAAGGGUUCCGGAAGUCAAAGGCGCGAUUGUGGGAGACGAGGAAGGCAGGCGCGCGUGGUGCUAUUGGACGCGAAUGUGGUACAACCCAGACGCGCAGCAGGACAAAGACAACACGAUGCACAUUCUGCGCCUGGUCGUCGAGGAGGAUGUUAGUCCGGAUGCUGUUGUCGCGGCCAUCGCGGCGCUUCUUGCUAGAGCCCAGCAGGAAGCCGCAGGGUGGCACAUGGCAGAGGUGGAAACUUGGAGCCCGUCGCCAGAGGUUGUUGCUGCUGCGCGCUCGCUGGAUCCCAAGACAGAGGUGAUCAAUAGAGACAAGGAUAGCAUCGCAAGCUUGAGGUGGUACGGGGAUUCGCCGUCAAACGGCGGAAGCCUUACGGAGGCUGUUGAGUGGGUGGGCAACGAGAAGUACGGUUGGUGUUGA